GUCGUCCAUGUUUCCAGAAGAUGUGGUUGGAUCCUUUUUAACAGUCCUUGCUCUGUGUUCUUCCAAGGCUACUACAUGUACAUCGAGGCAUCGCACAUGGUGCACGGACAGAAAGCGUGCCUCCUGUCCAGGCCUCUGCGAGGCGUCCCCGGAAAACACUGCUUGACCUUUUUCUACCACAUGUACGGAGCAGGGACUGGUCUGCUGAGUGUUUAUUUGAAAAAGGAAGAAGACAGUGAAGAGUCUCUGUUAUGGAGAAGAAGAGGUGAGCAGAGCAUUUCCUGGCUGCGAGCGCUGAUCCAGUACAGCUGCCCCCAGCCACACCAGCUGCACCCCUUACUCAUCAUCACCCACGAGCUUCGAAGGGCUUUUGUUGUAGGCCUCUGAUGAAGCGUGCAGAUGCUCCAGAGGGAGUUGUUUUUAGCCUCCACUCCCAUCACUGCACUGACGUAGAAGAAACAGUCUCGAUCCCGUCUCUGCCCUGCCUCAGCCCAAUCGUGUACUACAGAAACUUCGGUCCUAGAUGAGCUUGAUCAUAAGGGAAUCUGGGCAGCAACAGGAAAGAUCUUUUAAAAUUCCUGUAGUUGAGGGGGUUGAAGGGAGGGCAGGGGAAUGGAGAAAAAAAUAAGA